GAGAGAGAGAGAGAGAGAGAGUGUUUGUGUGUGUUUUUAAUUAUCGCAUUCCCUCGCUCCCGCAGACAAUCCAUCACAGGUUUCUCAGAUUAUACAUCGCAUAUCGCCGACCACCUCUCCAUUUCACUCUCCGUUCGUCCUACGGAAGCUUGUUCUUGAAGAUUUUUGCUAUCCGGAGACUGAAACGAUCUUGCUCCUUCUCUGUAAUUUUCUUGCUUUUAAUCUUUGUGCGUCUCUGCGGUUUUUAUUUUUUUGUUCCUUUAUUUGCAAGCAAUGUAAUUGGCGCCGUCCCGUUGGUUAUCUCGUUGGAUUUAUUCGCCGGAGGUGAUCUCGUUUGAGGAAUUGGAUUUUCGAUAAGCAUGAUUUGGUGAAGAAAAGAGUGUAUUAGAGAUGAAAAGGUCUAGAGACGAUAGUUGUAUGGGCUCUCAACUCAAGCGGCCCAUGGUUCCGUCUCGCGGGGAAGCUAGCUCCGGGCAAGCUCAGAUAAUUGGAGGAGGUGCACAGAAACUUACAACAAAUGAUGCCUUAACCUAUCUCAAGGCAGUGAAGGAUAUAUUUCAGGACAAAAGGGAUAAAUACGAUGAAUUUCUUGAAGUCAUGAAAGAUUUCAAGGCUCAAAGAAUUGACACUGCUGGUGUCAUAGAGAGGGUGAAAGAGUUAUUUAAAGGUCAUCGAGACCUUAUUUUGGGUUUCAAUACCUUUUUGCCAAAGGGAUAUGAGAUUACCCUUCCACCUGAGGAUGAACAGCCUCCAGUUAAGAAGCCUGUUGAAUUUGAAGAAGCUAUCAACUUUGUGAACAAGAUUAAGACACGGUUUCAAGGUGAUGAUCAUGUUUACAAAUCAUUUUUAGACAUAUUGAAUAUGUAUCGUAAGGAAAACAAGUCCAUCUCUGAGGUCUAUCAAGAGGUUGCUGCACUUUUCCAUGACCACUCAGACCUACUUGAUGAGUUCACCCAUUUUCUACCAGAUUCAUCAGCAACUGCUACAACUCAUCAUGCUCCAUCAGGUAGGAAUUCCAUCCUUCGUGACAGGAGUUCGGCCAUACCCACAAUGCGGCAAAUGCAUAUUGACAAGAAGGAAAGGACUGCUGCUUCGCAUGCUGAUCGUGAUAGUGUUGACUAUCCUGAUCAUGACCACGACAGAACUCUGGUGAGAGCAGACAAAGAGGCACGAAGGCGUGGCGAAAAAGAAAAAGAAAGGAGAGAAGACAGAGAUCGGAGAGAACGGGAGCGGGAUGAUAGAGAUUUUGAGCAUGAUGGUUGUAGAGACAUCAACAACAUGCAGCAUCUUCCCCACAAAAGGAAAUCUGCCCGCAGGAUUGAAGAUUCUGUUGAUGAUCAAUUACAUCGCAUUGGGGAAGGUGCUGAAAAUAUUGGAAUGCGUCCUGGUUCAUCCUCUUAUGAUGAUAAAAAUGCCUUGAAAAGUAUGUACAACCAAGAGUUCAUUUUCUGUGAGAAAGUGAAGGAGACAUUGCAGAAUCCAGAUGCAUACCAGGAAUUUUUGAAGUGCCUUAAUAUGUAUAGCAGGGAAAUAAUCAAUCGAGAGGAAUUGAAAUCUUUGAUGGGUUAUAUACUUGGAAGAGACACGGAUCUCAUGGAUGGGUUUGAAGAUUUUUUGGUUCGUUGUGAGAAGAUUGAUGGAUUUCUUGCUGGUGUUAUGAGUAAAAAAUCUCUGUGGAGUGACGGACACUUGCCCAGAUCAGCAAAGGCAGAAGAUAGAGAUAGGGUUCGAGAUUGCGAAAGGGAUGACAGGGAUAGAGACCGUGAAAGAGAAAGGGAUAGACUUGACAAAAGUGCUGCUUUUGGCAACAAAGAUGUAUCAGGUCUGAAGAUGUCUUUAUUUUCAAGCAAGGACAAGUACAUUGGGAAGCCCAUUCAAGAACUUGACCUCUCUAACUGUGAGCGUUGCACUCCCAGUUAUCGACUUCUCCCAAAGAACUAUCCCAUUCCCUCUGCAAGCCAGAGAACGGAUCUUGGUGCUGAAGUGUUGAAUGAUCAUUGGGUAUCAGUUACAUCAGGAAGUGAAGAUUACUCUUUUAAACACAUGCGCAAAAACCAGUACGAAGAAAGCUUGUUUCGAUGUGAAGAUGACAGGUUUGAACUGGACAUGUUGAUAGAGUCUGUAAAUGUAACGACAAAGCGUGUAGAAGAACUGUUAGACAAGAUCAAUGAUAAUACAAUCAAGACAGACAGUCCAAUCAGUAUUGAGGACCACUUUAAUGCUCUGAAUCUCAGGUGCAUUGAACGUUUGUAUGGUGACCAUGGACUUGACGUGAUGGAUGUAUUAAAAAAGAAUGCAACUCUUGCUUUGCCUGUUAUAUUAACUCGCUUAAAGCAAAAACAAGAAGAGUGGGCAAGGUGUCGUUCUGACUUUAAUAAAGUUUGGGCUGAAAUUUAUGCUAAAAACUAUCACAAAUCACUUGAUCAUCGUAGUUUCUACUUUAAGCAACAAGACACGAAGAGCUUGAGCACAAAAGCCUUGUUGGCCGAGAUUAAGGAAAUCAGUGAGAAAAAGUGCAAAGAGGAUGAUGUGCUUCUUGCUAUUGCUGCUGGCAAUAGACGACCUAUUGUUCCAAAUAUGGAGUUCAACUAUAGUGAUCCAGACAUCCAUGAAGAUAUAUAUCAGCUCAUAAAGUAUUCCUGUGGAGAAGUUUGCACAACAGAACAAUUAAACAAAGUCAUGAAGAUUUGGACCACUUUUCUGGAACCUAUGCUCGGUGUUCCUUCUCGACCUCAGGGUGCAGAGGACACUGAAGAUGUGGUAAAGACUAAGAACCAUGCUAUAAAAAAUGGUGCUGUGAGUGUUGGUGAUAGCGAUGGCAGUCCCAUGAACUCAAAACAACUAAACACUUCCAGAAAUGGAGAUGAAAGUAUUCCUCCUGAACAAUCAAGUUCGUGCAGGGCUUGGAUGAUAAAUGGGGACAAUGGGGUUAAAGUAGUUGGUUCUCUUGAUGCAGAUCGUAUAGCACGUAGGAGCGAGACUUUCUGCAGUACUUAUCAAGGGAAAGUACAAACUACCACCACUGUUGCUGACGAAAUGUCUGUGAUUAGCAAACAAACUACUCCUAACGAGCGGUUAGCCAAUUCUAAUGCAUCACUUGCCACUGGACCUGGGCAAAGCCUUGGAAGAACCAACAUGGAAAGCACAUCAGGGCUUGGUGCUAUUCCUUCCAGGCCUGGUAAUGCCACUCUUGAUGGUGGGCUUGAAUUGAGGCCUAGCGGUGAAAUUUUGCCUUCAUCAGAGGGUGUUGAUUCCUUGAGACCCACAAGUGCGGUGAUGACAGAAGCCAUUAAAAUUCAUAGAUAUAAUGAAGAAUCUGUUGGGCACUCUAAAGUUGAAAGAGAGGAAGGUGAAUUAUCUCCAAAUGGAGACUUUGAGGAGGAUAAUUUUGCAGUCUAUGGGGAUGCUGGUCUGGAUGCCAUGCAUAAAUCAAAGGAUAGUGCUGCAAGCAGACAGUAUCAGACAAGACAUGGAGUAGAAGAAAUUUGCUGUGGGGAGGCAGGAGGAGAAAAUGAUGCUGAUGCUGAUGAUGAAGGUGAAGAAAGUCCUCAGAGGUCGUCUGAAGACAGUGAAAAUGCUUCUGAGAAUGGUGAUGUUUCAGCAAGUGAAUCUGGUGAUGGGGAGGAUUGCUCCCGUGAAGAGCAUGAGGAAGAUGGUGAACAUGACGAGCAUGAUAAUAAGGCUGAGAGCGAAGGUGAGGCUGAAGGGAUGGCUGAUGCCCAUGAUGUUGAAGGGGAUGGAACAUUAUUGCCGUUUUCAGAGCGUUUUCUGCAGACUGUGAAGCCUCUUGCAAAGCAUGUCCCGACAAUGCAUGACAAAGAGAGAAAUUCACGUGUCUUUUAUGGAAAUGAUUCCUUCUAUGUGCUUUUUAGGCUUCAUCAGACAUUGUAUGAGAGGAUACAGUCAGCAAAGAUCAAUUCAUCAUCUGCUGAAAGGAAAUGGAGGGCUUCCAAUGAUACAAGCUCAACUGAUCAAUAUGCCAGAUUCAUGAAUGCUCUUUACAAUUUACUUGAUGGUACUUCUGAUAACACAAAAUUUGAGGAUGAUUGCAGAGCUAUUAUCGGAACUCAGUCAUAUGUCCUGUUUACAUUAGACAAAUUAAUAUAUAAACUUGUCAAGCAGCUUCAAACAGUAACAACUGAUGAGAUGGACAACAAGCUUCUUCAGCUAUAUGCAUAUGAAAAAUCUCGAAAACCGGGGAGAUUUGUUGAUAUAGUCUAUCAUGAAAAUGUGCGUGUUCUUCUUCAUGAUGAGAACAUCUAUCGCAUCGAAUGUGUAUCUGCCCCAACCUGUUUAUCAAUUCAGCUUAUGGACUAUGGUCAUGAUAAGCCGGAGGUGACUGCUGUUUCUGUCGACCCAAAUUUUGCUGCUUACCUGCACAAUGACUUCCUCGCAGUUGUUCCCAACAGGAAGGAGAAGUCUGGAAUUUUUUUGAGGAGAAAUAAGCGCAAAUAUACACGAGGAGAUGAAUAUUCUACCACAUGCCUGGCCAUGGAAGGUCUUAAAGUUGUCAAUGGUCUAGAGUGUAAGAUAGCUUGCAAUUCAUCCAAGGUCUCCUAUGUUCUUGACACAGAGGACUUCUUGUUCCGAAUAAGAAAGAGAAGGAAAAUGUCGCGCUGGAAUGGUUCUUGCCAGGAUCAGGCAAAGGCUUCAAAUGGUUGGUUCCAUAGAGUGCAAAGAUUUCACAGAUUUCUUUCUGGCUCAUAACAUGGCAGGCCAUCCAUGACAUCAAGUACAUAUGGUAUGUGAUUCAUCUUUUUUAAUUGUUACAAAAUCUGGUUUUACCAUCGUUGUCAUAAUGAAGACCCAAUUUAAUAGAGCCCACGGGCAGGCACACACAUCCCUUGUUAUGACAUGCAUGCAUUUUUUUAUCGAACAACAAAUUGUUUGGUGCAUCUAUUAUAUGUAUUUUUUUUAAAAAUGUUUUUCUGUAGUGUUUCUCAAGAGUUAAGACACACGGGACGCCAGGAAUGGAAGAAUCAUGGCGCCGCAAGCAAAAACGAUUUCAUGGAAUUUUCUCUUGCAUGUUUUCAUUUUUCUCCCUCCAACCAAAUAAAAUAAUCGAGGAAAGCUGAAAUGGCUAAAAGCAUUGUAGCAUACUGUGAUCCUUGUGGCAUUUUGAGCCACCACUGUAAAUAGAGGCAAUUUGUUAUGUAAAAACCUUUCAUAUAUGUUCAUUCCAUUCAUCUACUUUUUGUCAAAAAAUUUAAACAUUUUUUUUGUAAGUUACAGCAAAGAGAAGGUCCUUUUUUCUCUA